AAUUAUUUCUCUGACCAAAGAUAUUUACAUUACCUGAAAUUUCAGUUGAAAGUUUUUCCGCAGUUGAGAACUCCGUAAAACGUGUUGUAUUAGUGGCGCAAUAGCUGCAAAUAAUGCAUCGCUGAAGCUAAUAAAUAAUAUGGCAACCAUUCAAGCAGAAUUUAAAGAUAUAAAUAGUUUUUCAACAAGCGAAGCUGUCGAUUACGCGUGAAGUAUACUCUUGUACCGACACGACGAUCCAUCCGGGUCGUUUCGGGACGUGGCCUCGCGGCAUACUGAAGACGCCGACAGCGACCCAGGCGGACCUCAACUAUGAGUCACGUCCAGCAGGAGAGGUUGUUCCGUUGAGAGCGAAUGACUCUCCUCCACCAGAAGAGAAUGUUGCCCCAACUACUUCUCAGGGCGCAUCGCACCGAAGCGAGAGUCAAGCCGCCGGCAACGGCGGUUCUGAUGUCUUCACCGUCAGGCGGAGCGUCAAGUUCCAUCUCACGGAUGAACAAAUCGGUGAAAGGGAUACCCUCUCCCGGUACAGGAAGAGGGAGCGUGGAGGUUGGACUGGAUGGUUUACUCACUGGAAACGAUUACUAGCUGCCGUACUUCAGCGAAUGCAGCCGGCCCUGACGACGCCUGGCUCGACGCCCAACUUGCGGCUCUCAGUCUCGGCCCUCGGCUGGGCGUGGGAGACAGAGGACGUCGACCCUGCACCAUGGCGAGUCUCCCCACCUCCUCUCUCUCCAGAGGGUUUCGACCGCCUCGAUCUUGGAAGGCGCCGAUGGGAGGAGCGCGAGCGGCCGGCGGCGCCGCAGCCGCAGCCGCCGCGGCGUGCGUGGGCGGUGGCCGGGCUGUGCCUGGCGCGCGAGGCGGUGGCCGCGCUGUCCGGCUGCGCGGCGGGGGCGGCGCUGGCGCUGGCGCUGCUCGCGGCCUGGUACUUCGGCCUGCGAGACUCCUCCCAGAAGCGGCCGGCGCAGCGCGCACCAGAACAGCCCGCCGAGGCCGACUGACCUCGGACACGCUGCGGCGCUGACUGCUGCUCUGCAACACACACCCUGCGUUCAUCACUAUAACACUAAGUUAAUAAACAUGUAGUCCAUACUUCC